GCGGCGCGCGCACGAGCCCACCCGGCCGCGCCCGGACAAUACCCGGCGCGCUGGGGACGAUGCCCGCGCCGGUGCCGCCCCCGCGCCGCGCAGCCCUGGCCGCCAGGCCCUAGAGUCGGCCCUGCCCCGCGCUGCACCGCCCACGGACCUCGCGGGAGAUGGAGGUCCUGGCGACAGACACUGCGUUCCAGCAGGAGCGACUUCAGGCCAUCGCAGAGAAGCGCAGAAAGCAGGCAGAGAUCGAGAGCAAGCGGAGACAGCUGGAGGAUGACCGGAGACAGCUGCAGUACCUCAAGUCCAAGACCCUGCGGGAACGCUGGCUGCUGGAGGGGACGCCGUCCUCAGCCUCUGAGGGCGAUGAGGAUAUGAAGAAGCAGAUGCAGGAUGAUGAACAGAAGACUCGGGUCCUGGAGGAGUCCAUCGCCAGGCUUGAGAAAGAAAUCGAUGUCCUGGAGUUUGGAGAGUCAGCCCCAGCCGCCCCAAAGGAGAACGCCACAACCCCCAGCCCGGCCCGGCCCCCCUCUGCAAGCCCAGCCAAGGAAGAGCAAAAGUCGGAUGCCGUGGUGAAUUCUCAGCAGACCCCACUGGGCACCCCGAAAGAAAAUCGCAUGUCCUCCACGCCGGUGCGGACUCCGGGGGGAUCCACCAUGAUGAAGGCAGCCAUGUACUCGGUGGAGAUCACGGUGGAGAAGGACAAGGUGACCGGGGAGACCAGGGUGCUGUCCAGCACCACACUGCUCCCCCGGGACCCACUGCCUCAGGGCGUCAAAGUCUACGAGGACGAAACGAAAGUGGUGCAUGCCGUGGACGGCAUUGCUGAGAACGGAAUCCAGCCACUAAGCUCCUCCGAAGUGGACGAACUCAUUCACAAGGCCGAUGAGGUCACACUGAGCGAGGCAGGGUCCACAGCUGGACCAGCAGAGCCUCGGGGACUCACAGAGGAGGCCACCAGGACCACACCUUCAAGGAGGGAGAUCACAGGAGUUGAGGCUCAGCCCGGAGAGGCCACAUCAGGCCCGCCAGGCAUCCAGCCCGGUCAGGAGCCCCCGGUUACCAUGGUCUUCAUGGGUUAUCAGAAUGUGGAAGACGAAGCCGAGACCAAGAAGGUGCUGGGCCUCCAGGACACCAUCAAGGCUGAGCUGGUGGUGAUCGAAGACGCCGCCACCCCCAGGGAGCCCGCGCCACUGAACGGCAGUGCGGCUGAACUCCCAGACGCCAAGGAAGAAAACCAGACGGGGCCCUCGGCCACCCCCAGCGAUGCCCAGGAUCUUGACAUGAAGAAGCCUCGCUGUAGAUGCUGCUCUGUCAUGUGAGCCGUCGGGGCGCCCAAGUCCCCGAUCCCCGUCCUACGCUUCACACUCCGCCCAGCAGCCCGGCCCUCCCCGGCGCCUGCCCACCCUCACCCUCCGCCUCACAGGCCCCAGACACACGUGUGGUCCCUAUGCACCUCGAGUCGAGGGUGGGGGGUGCUCUGCCCGUCACCACACUCCACACUCACCCGAACCUCUGAGCCGUGCAUCUUCCCUUGGUGAGAGACAGGCCGACCCAUCUCAGAUCCCCUAAGAAUGGGGACCCCCCCACUCCAGGUCACAGCAGGUUUACACAGGCGCUCACGCCCAUCGUGGUCUCAGCCUGGUGUCCGCUUGCCACCCCAGGCCAGCCUGUCUGUGCCUUAUUGCUACUUUUGGGGAGUCUCCAAGGGGACCAAAAGAGAGGGUCUCCCUGGCCAGUGCGCCAGUGGCCUCAUGUGGGCAGGCGGGGUGAGGCCACACUUCUUUGGAGACUCAAAGUCUCCAAGUCCUAGGGUGGAGGACGGGCACCUGUGGAUUCCCCCCAGUAAGUAGCGGAGCUCACAAUGGGGUAGCCCUUCACUGGGGAUGGAAACAUCACCCCCAAGAUGGGGUCAUUGUUGGCAAGGCCCCAAGUCAGCCACUCCCUGUCCUGGGUCCCCCCUACCAUGCACACACUGGGCCCUUCUUCCUGGUGCUAAUUUUGGGACCCUUGGAGUCACCUCUGCCCUCUUUAGUUGGCUUGGACCAGGGUCCUGGGUUUCCCACAUACCCUGUACCCCAGAAGUCGGGGGUACGUCUGCCAGCGCUGCGGAGCCUAGCGUUUCUAGGCAGGUUUAGGUUGCCCCACACACGCCUUGGGUGGGAGUGAGGGAAUCCCCCCUCUGCCGCCUGGCUGGACAGGAACCGUGGCAGGGGGACACCCACCUGUGGGCAGGCGGCAGCAGCCGCCUUGGUCCCAGAGGCGCUGCCCUGCACUCAGCAGGCGCAGGUUCAGCCCGCUCCGCCCUCGCUGGCCUCGGAGGACCACGCCCCGUCCACGUCCCUUCCCUGGGACUCCAGCCUGGUGUGCAGGGUGCAGGACCACCUGUGGGGCCCUGUCACCACCCGCAGCUGCAGUAGGGCACGCAGAGGCCACGGAGUCUGUGUCCUGUCCUUCCUGUGGCCUGGAGGAGAGGCGCUCUUCCCCGAGGGGUGGCCCGUGGCCACGGCCAUGGUCACGGCGCCCCUACCUCUUCCUCCUCUGAGUCUGCCUGAGUCCCUGGAGCCCUGAGCCUCAGCUGAAGUGCCCUUGCUGCCCUUUCUGCUUUUGAUGUGUGACGAGGCCCCACCCCUCACUCCCAUGUUCUUGACUUUCCCAGAGAAAUAAAUUAAACAGAAAAAGUG